AUGGGGCGUGCUGUGGUUGCGUUUCUCGCGGCCGUCAUCGCUUUUGGAACUCCGCUGCUCGACGACAUCUCUCCAGCCACCGUGAAGCGUGAGAUACGAGUGCGUCAGAUGCUUCGUGAGCGCGUGCAAGCAGCCGUCACAGCGUGCAAUGUUUCGCCAAUUGCUGCGGACUUGCUGAUGCAAAUGCUUCAGCAUGACCGGCAUGCGAGGCCUACAAUAAAGGAGGCGUUGAAGCACCCCUUCAACACUGAUGGCUAUGAGCUGGAGCGACAGCUGUUCUCUCUGGAGCGGAACCAGGCUUUGGAGAUGUUGGCGACACUUCCAGAUACGGUGCGGGAAGUGAUGCAGGAGCCGAUGCU